AUGUUAAUUGAGAUGAUGGCCGAGGAUCAAGAGGCGGCAUCGAAGCGUGAUGGCAUAGAUUUAUCUCAGGGCCUGACGCUGUUGCAGAUGGCGGCGCAGGCCUUUGUUUUCUUUGCGGCGGGAUUUCACACCUCGUCGACCACAAUGUCCUUCUGUUUGUAUGAACUAGCAAUGAACCAGGCUAUUCAAGAUAAGCUGCGUGAGGAAAUC